AUAUACUAUAGCCAGUAAAUAUAGCCGGGCCGGGCUAACUGGACUGCCCCAAACCCCCCUUCUGCUGAACCGCAAAGGACGCCGGAAAUAUCAUCAGUGAUUUUUGAUUCGUCACGAAUGCAUGUGACGCUGAUUUCUCAGUAAAAACCAUUCUGAACAAAGAGGUUUUUGCGUUUUGAGUCGAGGUCAGACUUAAUCCAAAGAUGACGUUGUAUGGGUUUUUGGGUGGGUACAAGAGGCUUUUCAGCUUCAAGGACUGCCUGAUAGAUAAUAUGACGUUCAGAUUGCAUUACCAGUAUACGUUUGCUGUUCUUAUUCUUGCUAGCAUCCUUAACACUGCUAAACAAUACUUUGGGGAUCCUAUAGACUGUAUAGUAGAGGGAGUUCCUUCCAGUGUGUUCAAUUCUUACUGCUGGAUUCAUGGAACCUUCACUCUACCAGCUCAGCUUACAGGUAGACUUGGAGUUGAUUUCCCCCAUCCUGGUGUUGGUCCAUAUCCUGUUACUGCAGAUAGAGGGCUCGUCAAGGUGACGGAAGAAGGAGAUGAGAUUCGGCAUGCUUGGUAUCAAUGGGUUGUAUUUGUUCUUUUCUUCCAGGCGUGCUGUUGUUAUUUCCCACAUUUUCUGUGGAAAAGUUUCGAGGGCGGGAAGAUUGGAAUGCUGCUGCAGGAUUUGAACGGCUAUGUGCUGACUGGAGGGGAAAACACUGAAAACAAAAGGGCGCUUAUCGUAAAUUACUUCUUGCGGACCUUGAGGACAAACAACAUGUACGUGUUUAAGUUCCUGGGUUGUGAAUUCCUCAAUCUGAUCAACAUUUUCGGUCAGAUGUACCUUAUGGACGCCUUUCUAGGAGGAGAGUUCAGUACAUAUGGUUCAGAUGUACUGAGAAUGACAGGAUUGGAUGAUGAAGAAAGAGUGGAUCCUAUGGCUAAGGUUUUCCCUAAGGUUUCUAAAUGUACCUUUCACAAGUAUGGACCGUCUGGAACUAUAGUCAAUCAUGAUGGACUCUGCAUUCUUCCCAUCAACAUUAUCAACGAAAAGAUUUAUAUUUUUCUGUGGUUUUGGUUCCUAUGCCUUAUCUGCUGGACUUCAUUGUUUUUCUGCUUUAGAAUUGUUACAUGUGCAUCCAGGCGAACUAGAUUUCUCAUAUUCUGCGGACGAGCUAAAUCAAAUAGCAAGGACGACAUUUCAGUAGUGAUGGAAAAGCUGUGGUUUGGAGACUGGUUUAUCCUGAUGCAGUUGUGCAAGAAUAUGAAUCCAAUGAUCUUUCAUGAUUUAGUCAUUGAUCUCAGAGAUAGGAUGGAUCCGAAGAGAAGUGACAAUAUUGAAAUGGAAAACGGAAAUACGUAUCCUACUCUUCCUCUUCUAGAGGAACCCAGAGCUCCGUAUAAGGAGAUUCCAUAGACAUAAUCAUUAUAGGAAGACUCCAUAGACAUAAUCCAUACAAGGAGAUUCCAUAGACAUAAUCCUUAUGAGGAGAUUCCACAGACAUAAUCCAUACAAGGAGAUUCCAUAGACAUAAUCAAUACAAGGAGAUUCCAUAGACAUACUUCAUACAAGGUAAUUCAGUAGAAAUAAUCCAUACAAAGGGAUUCCAUUUAUAAGCUCCGGGCCCUAUUCUAUAGACAUACUCCUAAUCGGUCAUGAAUAGACUAACCUACGAAAAUAUUCAGUUUGAGACUGGAUUUUCAAUUGUUCAUUCAAACAUUAGAAUUUCAAGUAGAUAUUCUCUAACAAGUGAAAUUGAAAAAAAUUCUAAGAAUAUCAAUUCAUCACUUUUGUACAUAUUAUUAAAGAUAAAAAUUGAUCUAAAAAUGACAGCAGCUGAAGUAGUGAAUAUGUCUGUUAAAUGUUAUUUUUGAUCUGAAUUAUAAAAUCUGAUUGUUUUUUUUAAUAUCCUCAAUUUUGUAAUUUACAAAUUUGUUGAAUGUUUUUUACGUUUUUAAUUUUGUAAUCUCACUGUAUUGUGCCUUUUUCUUAGUUUUGUAAGAUACUGAUAAUAUUUAAGGGAUUUUUGUCGUAGAUUUAGAUAUUUUCUUGAAUAAGAUCGACUCACAGACCACAGUUGCCUAAACAUCUUUAAUAUGCUAUUAUUACUAAGAAAUAUUUCGAACUAGGAAAAUAACUUCAAAUCUUUUUUAUCUGAAUUUGAUAAAAUGCAGAUUUCCGUUGUUUUCUUAGUGAUAAUCAUAUUUUCAGCUUAUAGACUGUUGAUGAAUCGAAGCAAGUUCGGAAUUACAGGUUUAUAUUAGUGAUGCCACGAAAUCAACUACCUCAAUGAAAAGCUUAUGCCGGCGGUGUUUUGAAUGGUUAAUUCAUUGCGUAAGAUCGUAAUAUUUGGCCCGCCAAGUUUUUUAAACUAUAUUUUAAGUUUAAAUAUGUUUCUAAAUUCCAUAUCUUAAAAUAUUAUCUUAUCACUUGAUACAUUAUGAAUUGCUUUUAGUAAUAACAAGUUACUCAUGUUUUUUUACGGUGCCAUUGAAAAUUGGCUAAUUUAGUGUUAAUUAAUUUGUAACAAGUAGUUUUUAAUAUCUCCUGUAGUUGUAGACAAAUUUUCAAUAAAGGUAUGAUAAUGUA